CUCCAACCUGGUUUGAGCUCCUAUGCGGAAGAUCCACAGGCUGCAGCAAAUUCACUAGUUCCUCUUCUUGACAAGGCGGAAAUCGCUGUACCUGUAGAUUUGCGAUCAAAAACUCCCGUCAGAGUGGGGGCAACUGCGGGGCUGAGGGCAUUGGAAGGCGAUGCAGCCGACAGAAUUUUGCAAGCGGUUAGGGAUCUUCUGAAAGAGAGAAGCACCCUCAAGUUGGAUGCAAAUGGUGUCAGAAUUCUGGAUGGCUCUCAAGAAGGUUCUUAUGAGUGGGUGACAAUAAAUUACCUAUUGGGGAAUUUGGGAGGGACAUACCAAGACACAGUUGGCAUAGUUGAUCUUGGUGGUGGAUCUGUGCAAAUGGCAUAUGCCAUCUCCGAGGAUGCUGCUUCAAAGGCUCCAAGUGCACCAGAUGGAGAGGAGAAUUAUGUAAACCAAAUGUACCUAAAGGGAUCAAAAUAUUACCUCUAUGUUCACAGUUAUUUGGGCUAUGGCCUAUUGGCAGCUCGAGCUGAAAGUUUGAAGGCAUCUGAUGUUUCUGGCAACCCUUGCAUCUUGGAGGGUUUUGAUGGUUCUUAUGCAUAUAACGGAAAAGAAUAUAAAGUGUCGGCUCCGUCAUCGGGGACAAACAUGGAAGAAUGCAGGAGGGUGACUCUCAAGGCUCUUAAAAUAAAUGAUACAUGUACAUAUAUGAAGUGUACAUUCGGUGGUAUUUGGAAUGGCGGAGGUGGAGAUGGACAGAAGAAUAUGUUUGCGGGCUCGCUUUUCUUCGACAGGGCUGCUCAGGCCGGUUUCAUUAAAGCUGCUGAUCAUGUUGCAAUAGUUAAGCCUCAUGCUUUUGCAGAAGCUGCUCAGCGCGCUUGCCGAACCAAGUACGGGGACGCAAAGGCGAUGUUCCCGGAUUUCAGUGAGGAGGACUUGGCAUACAUUUUCAUGGAUCUAGUUUAUCAAUACACCCUGCUGACCGAUGGAUUCGGCCUUGAUCCCUACCAAGAUAUCACAUUGGUAAGGCGCGUGAAAUACGGGAAUUCCUAUGUGGAAGCUGCUUGGCCACUGGGCAGUGCCAUCGAGGCCGUAUCAUCUUGAAGCAGAAUUCCAGGUAAUGAGGCUGUAGGUAGCCAUGUUCACGUUUGAAAUCGGAUUUCAGAGGGAAUAAAGGAUAAGAAUUAAUCAUCUGUUAGUACAUUACUACUAUGUAUUGUGAAUUCCAUAUGAAUUGGUUCAUUUAUUGUCCUACGGAACUGAACAAACGGAUUAUAUAAUGUCAGUGUGGAUGUAUCCCUAAUAUCUUUGUCAGCGUAAAA